AUGCCAAAUCUUACAAACCUUGAAUUUGCGGCCCUUGAUAUUCAUGGAAAGAACUAUUUGUCUUGGGUGUUAGAUGCUGAAAUUCAUCUAGAUGCAAAAGACCUUGGUGAUACAACAAGUCAAAACAAAGCUAAAACUAUGAUAUUUCUUCGCCAUCACCUCCAUGAGGGCCUUAAGAUUGAGCACUUAACUGUAAAAGAUCCACAAGUCCUUUGGAGUAACCUAAAGGAGAGGUAUGACCACCAGAAAACUGUAACAUUACCUAAAGUUCGAUAUGACUGGUUACAUUUAAGACUACAAGACUUUAAGUCUGUAAGUGAAUAUAACGCAGCUAUGUUCAGAAUUACUACACAAUUGAAAUUAUGUGGAGAGAAAAUCACUGAUGUAGAAAUGAUAGAGAAAACAUACUCUACCUUUCACGCAAAUAACGUUGUCCUGCAGAAACAGUACCGUGAAAAGGGAUUUAAGAAAUAUUUUGAACUUAUAUCUUGUCUCCUAGUGGCUGAGAAAAAUAACGAGCUAUUGAUGAAAACUCAUGAAUCACGUCCAACCGGUUCUAUUCCAUUCCCUGAAGUGAAUGUGACAUCCCAUAAUGGGAAUGAAAAAUAUCAUACCAGCAAUUGUGGUCGAGGAUAUGGUCGAGGACGUGGGCGUGGAUACGGAUAG